GGGUUAGAGAGUUGUAGACAGAGUGGGAGAUAGAUAGAGAGAGAGAGAGAGAUAGAGAGAGGGGGAGGGAGUGGGAGGAGCUAAGAGAAGAAAGGUAAAGAAAAGCGAGAUACCUACACUGACUCAUGUACUGCCUGGCUCAGCCCCAGUGCAGUGUACUGGUGGUUCCAUUGUCUCUGGCCAGAAGACCAGUAGUUACACAUUUGCAAAUCCUCUGUGGUUGAUUGCAUGCGUUUCUCCAGCCUGGUGGAAGAUGGUGGGUCUGGCUGUCUCCUCAGCAGCUGUCGCUGCUAUGGAGCUGUUGGUGAGUGAGCUGAACCUGCUGCUGAAGCUGCUGGACCACGAGACGCUGAGCUCGGCUACAGAGGAGAAGAAGAGUGCGGUCAGGAAUCUGCUCAAACAGCUGCAGCCCUCAGUUACUGGACCAGACUACAUGUACAUGAACACCUCCGUCUACAGAAACGGCACCAGCUUUGUGGAGUCUCUGUUUGAGAAGUUCGACUGUGACCUCGGUGACCUCAGAGUAGAAGUGGAAGAGCAGAAGAAAGAGCCGAGCCAAACAGACCAAACAUCUCCCGCUAAACCGAGGACAGCUGACUCGCCCCCUCCCCUGCCCAACACCCCUCCCCCAGAGGAUUACUAUGAGGAAGCUGUGCCACUCAGCCCGGGCACCGUGCCAGAGUACAUCACCAGCCGCAGCAGCUCUAGUCCUCCCAACUCCAUUGAGGAUGGGUACUAUGAGGACACAGAUAAUAACUACCCCACUACCUGCAUAAACGGCCAGCGCAAAAACUCCUAUAAUGAUUCUGACGCUCUGAGCAGCUCUUAUGAAUCGUAUGAUGAGGAAGAGGAGGAGAAAGGUCAGCGUUUAACUCAUCAGUGGCCCUCUGAGGAGAACUCCAUGGCCCCGGUGAGGGACUGCCGCAUCUGUGCUUUCCUGCUGAGGAAGAAACGCUUUGGUCAAUGGGCCAAACAACUGACCGUCAUCCGUGAGAACAGACUGCAGUGCUACAAAAGCUCCAAAGACCAGUCUCCCUACAUGGACCUGCCGCUAAACCUGUGUAACGUCAUCUACGUGCCGAAGGACGGCCGGAAAAAGAAGCACGAGCUGCGCUUCUCCCUGUCCGGAGGAGAGGUUCUGGUUCUGGCAGUUCAGAGCAAAGAGCAGGCGGAGAAAUGGCUGAGGGUGGUGCGUGAAGUAAACAGGCCAGGGAACGGAUUGGACAGCUCCCCGUCCCCCAUGAUCCCCAGAAAGACAGAGUUGGACAAGAGACUGUCGGCUGACUCGGACAGCGUGCAAGCUGGAGAGAGUGGCCGAGACGUUCGGGAAAAUGGUAAGACCAAGCGAGACACUCUUUCAGGCACGAUGAGCCGAGCAGCAGGACUGAAAAUCACCAGGAUCAUCAGCUUCUCUAAAAGAAAACCUCCUCUACCUGGAGAUUCUCGCAGUACAUCAUUUUAUGAAGACCCUCGUUGUGGUUAUCUGAGUGUGCUGGUGAAUCAGUGCUGGAAGGAGAAGUGGUGCAGAGUGAGAUCCGGCUCUCUGCAUCUUUACCCUGAGAAGAGUGAUCAGCUGAGUCCCCACACCACCAUCACCCUGCGGGGCUGCGAGGUGGUCCCAGGCCUCGGACCCAAGCACCCGUUUGCCCUGAGGAUCCUGAGAGGAGGCACAGCAGUGGCAGCUUUAGAGGCGAGCUGUUCUGAGGAGAUGGGUCGCUGGCUGGGCGUCCUAUUGGCUGAGACCGGUUCCUCUGCUGACCCGGAGUCACUGCACUACGAUUAUGUGGACGUGGAAACCAUCGCCAACAUCCGUACAGCUGCCCGACACUCCUUCCUAUGGGCGACUUCUACAGACUCCAGGACGUACGAUGAGGUCCCUUAUGAGGAAACAGAGGCGAAGGAGCGACUGAAGGACAGCAGUCUGGUGAAGAGACGCUCUGCCAGCAGCGACAGAAGUUCAGCCAAACCUCAGAUCAGCCUGAAACGCACCGGUUCCAACGCCAAUCAGUACGGGCGCUAUGGGAAAACGCGGGCGCAGGAGGACGCGCGGCGCUACCUGAGAGAGAAGGAGGAGCUGGAGAGAGAGAGAGACAGCAUCCGGAACACGCUGGUGUCUCUCCGCAAGAACAAACGAGAGGCCAAGGACAAGAUAAAGGGAGCAUCAGAUAAGCAGAAGCUGGUGCUGGAGGAGCGCGUGGCUCAGCUGGAGGAGAGCUGCCGGCUGAAGGAGGGCGAGCGAGUGGAUCUGGAGCUGAAGCUCACCGAGGUUAAAGAGAACCUGAAGAAAUCUCUGGCAGGAGGAGCUCUGGGGGCUCCUGUGGAGAACGGCAAGCCCUCCGGCAAGAAGGUUCUCAGGACUGAGGCUCAGUACGUGGAGUCGUUCCUGCCGGUGAACUGCGCCUCGGAAAUGCGGAAGCGUCCUCCAUCGAUCUACGCGUCCACAAAGGGAAACGUCAUGCAGAAAGCCAAGGAAUGGGAAUCUAAAAAGGGAACCUAGAGGAAGUGCUGAUUGGGUGAAGUGGACAUGUGACUACCUGCAGCUACUCAUCAUGCAACUCCAAAUAUUGCAUACAUUCCCAGAUGGCAUUUCAUCAGCAUUGAUGAAAUCAGCAUUGAUGUUAUGGUUAAAUCAACGUUGGAUUUGGUUGACUUUCAAACAUUGAUGGCAUCGUUGUUUCAAUGUAAUAUAAUCAAGAAGAUGGAUGAUCACAACCAUCAAACCAAACUGAGCUGAAUAAAACAACGUUUGUUUUACUCAAACAUAAACUUAUAAAUAGCAAAAUCAGAGAAAGUGAUUCAGAAACUGAAGUGCUCUCUUCAUUUUUAAGUAGGAACUUAAAAGAAACUUAAAGUUUUAAUUAUUACAAGUAACUAAAAGUAGAAACUCCUCUGGUUAACAGAGUGUUAACAAAAAAAAUUACAUCACUGUAGUAAAGCUGGGCAUAAGGAAUACCAAUCUGAUUCAACAUUUGAUCUCAAAAACAACAGUAAAACAAAUAGAACGUGAACACAUCCCCGGGUAUGGUGAAGAAAUGGUGCCAAAUUAAAAAGCAGUUACUGCAAAUGGAAGUAAAACACUUUUUCAUCCCUCCAUCCAAACGUUUUUUUAAUUGUAUGCUGAUGAAAUGUAAAAUGCUAAUAAAAAAAGGCAGGAUGUUCAGGACAUGUUGAUUCAAGAUUUGCACAACCAUUGAAACAACAACAGACAUUACUUCAACCAUAUUUGAACCACAUUUCAAAGGUCUGUUGUGUGCCAGCUUGGUUAAUUUACCAGUCAUUAUUUGGAAAUUCAGGAUGUGCCACUUUUGAGUAAUGUUCACACACCUAAAAAAGAUAGAAGUGUCUCAAAUACAACAUCUGAUCUAUUUUUCUUCAAAUUUUACUAAAAUAAACAUUGGAUUAAGUGAGAAAAUCAGAUUUGGACCAUUUGCUGCUAGCCUAUUUAAACAUAAAAGUUGUACAGACAAACUGCAGGCAAACAAAUGUUGAGGUAAUAAAUGAAUAAAUGAGGCUAUGUUCCGACUGCCAGCUCAAAUUCAUAUAGAUUUUUUUAAUAGUCUGGACAGAAAGGUAAAUGCUUUUUUAUGUUUGGAGGUGGUUUAAAAUGUGAUUGCAAUCAAAAAAUGAACAGAAGUGUCUCAGUCUGGAUACUGAUGUUUAUGCAGUGAAGAGCAGCAGCGCUUCACGUGAAGUUUCGGUUUCAUCUUCUCCAGCAUCACAUGAGCUAUCAAGGAGUUCUUGUCUCUACAGCUGGACUAAUCGCAGAUAAUUGUCACAGUGUUACAGGUUUCUGUUAAAAGGAGACAUUAUUUGGCCACACCCACUCGUUUGGUUUCUGAUAGUGACAUGUGCCUUCUAAUUUAGUUUGAAAAGAUUUAUGAGGUCUGUUACCUCACUCUCCCACCACUGAAGCCCUUACUAACUGAUGUUGUCCAUUUUCCUUUAUUCUUAACAUGACAGUGACAUAAAAUUAAGACCAGGCUGUUCAGACUGAGUUGCGUUGCCACAAAUGCAACAAUAUCUUCUUGAUAUCAAUACCAUAUGAAAGUUGCCGAAGUUGGAAUUAAAAAGUCAGAUUUAAUGUGUCACGUAAGAGUGAAUAGAGCCAUAGACACAGGGGAAAGUGCAACUGCCUGAUUGCUGUUGGAGUGUUAGCAAGUAAAGAAGGAGAGCUCAGGGUUGCCAGGUCCUACAAAAAUAUCCAGCCCAAAGUCAGUGUAAAACCCGCCCUUCAGAAGCGUAAACUAGCCCAAAAUAUAUGUCUAUCACACGUUUGCAGCUUGUAUUUAUCUAAAACAUUAGUUUUAUUAGUUAUUAUAUCCCAGUCAAGAACAUUUAAUAGUAACUUAAAAUAAAAAAAUAUAUAUUUUAGUUUCAACAUCUUUGCCUUUUGUGUUCAUGUAACAUCCAAGGCAAAUUUUUAUAUAAUUAUAAUUUUAUAUCAUUUUUACAAGUAAAAGUAAAAAAGCACCCCUCCACCCCUGAAUUUUCACCUGCGACUCGAUUUUCUAACAAGCCCACUUUGGUGGAAAAACCACAAACCUGGCAACUCUGAGAGAGAUUAAGAAAUGUAAGAAAGAAUGGUGCAAACCUGAAAAUGUUUAUAGGAUGUGUAAGGUGUGAUGUUCCACUUUAUUUUGUAAUUAAUCACUUUGAAAUGUUGACUGCUGUUUUGUAAAUAUUAUAUAUAAUUGUUUUUACUAAUUUGUAUUUUUUUUUUUUACAUCUAAAAGAGACUUUCCUCAGAGAUCCUAACACAACUGGUGCUAUUAAUAUUGUGCCUUGACAUUUUUUUAAAAAUGUUUUUUUAAUGUUUUCUUUUCAUGUUUUGUAACAAAAUAGCAAAUAUGAAUACAUUGCUUUAUUUUAACUGUCAAAUUUUUGUAUGCAAUUGAUACUUUUUUCACCCUCCUCCUCCUUUUUAUAUCACCAAGACCAUUUUAAUGUAACACUUGCACUUUAUUGUCUUUUGACAUAGAGAUGAACGAGGAGACGUGUAUAUAAAUAAUAAACAUACUGCUUGUGUCUAA